GGGAACCUUUCUUUUUGUUCCGGCCUCACUGGAGCAAACAUGGCGGCAGAGGGAGACGUCGAUUUGGACCUCGAAGCUGAGGAAAACUGCACUGGAAAACCGGCAGAAAAGCCUCGUAAACAUGACAGCGGAGCCGCAGAUUUGGAGCGAGUCACGGACUACGCGGAGGAGAAGGAAAUCUCCAGCUCUGAUUUAGAAACGGCCAUGUCAGUGAUUGGAGACAGGAGGUCACGAGAACAGAAGGCCAAACAAGAGAGAGAAAAAGAGUUGGCUAAAGUCACCAUCAAGAAAGAAGAUGUAGAAUUAAUUAUGUCAGAGAUGGAGAUUUCGAGGGCCGUGGCAGAACGCAGUCUGAGGGAACACAUGGGGAACGUGGUGGAGGCUCUGGUGGCUCUGACCAACUGAACAAACAGCAUUUACACAAUGGACUGCUUCACUUUGUGUUUUUUUAACCAGGCCUAACCAAGACCGUAAGGCUGAACUGAACUCAGCUGUUAAAAGAUGUAAUUUUCCCCAAAUCCCUUUUUUGCUUUUUUAAAAUAAAAAAUGACCUAUUA